AUGGCCACCACCGUAUCUAAACCGGCCACCCCGAUCGUGCAGUCUCUGGAUGGCGCUCGCAGGCUGCCCGUCGCCUUCAGAUCCGACAACUGUUCCUUGAGCUAUCCGUUGGGGAAACACGUCAUCCACGAGGUCUCCAACAUCUCCUUCAGCCAUCUGGCCUGCGAGGACCAGGCCGCCGUGGUUGUCCACUGGUCUGCAAGUCCGCUAGGGAUCGAACACGUUAAAGGUUUCAGAGUUUACCUGGAGGAGAAAAGUCCUGAGGGGAAGCAGUGUCAGCACCUCCUCCUCAAAGACCCGCGGCAGCUCAACUUCUCCUACAGGAACACGAAGCUGAGCAGCCAGCCGUUCGGCGGGUUGACCUUUGACACCGACUACAUGAUUCGUGUGGUUCCUUUCCCGUCUCUGAUGAACGAAAGUUUCUUCCCUCCGUCCUUCCUCCGGACCAACUCGUGUGAAGUCCUCCUCGGACCAGACAACCUGGUCUGCAAACCCUUCUGGAGGCCGAAGAGCCUGAACGUGUCUCAGCUCGGCUCGAACCUUCACGUGGUGUUCGAUCAGGCUCCGCCCUCCUUCGGGUUCCACUUCUACUUCCUGUACUACAAGCUGCGACAGGACGGCCUCUUCAGACUCCAGCGCUGCAAACCAGACACAAACCACGCCAGAACGACCUGCGUCCUCCAGGACGUCACUCCAGGAACCUACAUUAUAGAGCUGAAAGACGACGGGAACACGACCCGGAGACAAACCCAGUACCACGUCAGUCAGGUCCACUCCCCGUGGGCGGGGCCUAUCCGUGCCAUGGCCAUCACCGUGCCGCUGGUCGUCAUGUCGGCCUUCGCCACCCUCUUCACCGUGAUGUGUCGCAAGAAGCAGCAAGAGAACAUCUACAGCCAGCUGGACGAGGAGAGCAGUGAGUCGUCCAAUCAGAGCGCAGCGAUGAACAACGAGCGCCCUCGGCCACGCCCAAAAGUCUUCGUCUGUUACUCCAGCAGAGACGGUCCCAAACACACCGGUGUCAUCCAGAGCUUCGCCUACUUCCUGCAGGACUUCUGCGGCUGUGAGGUUGUGCUGGACCUGUGGGAGCACCUGGAGAUGUGUAAAGAAGGCCAGGUGUCGUGGCUCAGCCGACAGCUGGACGAAGCUAUCAUCAUCGUCGUCGUCUGCUCCAAAGGCCUACGAUAUUUUGUGGAGAAGAAAAGUCGCCGGGGGAAGACGCCGGUCGGUCGCCGUGGUAACAGCAGCAGCUCUCAGACAGGCGGGUCAGGCGGCGACCUGUUCGUCGUGGCCGUGGCCAUGAUCGCAGAGAAGCUGCGGCUGGCGAAGCAGAGCGAGGGGGGCGGCGACCUGAGCCGCUUCAUGGCGGUCUACUUCGACUACUCCACAGAAAACGACGUGCCCACCACGCUGAGUCUGGCUCCCAGGUUCAAGCUGAUGGACCAGCUGCCUCAGCUCUACAGCCGGCUCCAGGCGGGUCAGUCGGGUCUGGCUGAUCAGGAACAGCUGCCCAUCAACGUCUCCAGGAGGAACUACUUCCGGAGCAAGUCCGGACGCUCGCUCUACGUUUCCAUCUGCAACAUGCACCAGCACAUCAGUCAGGAUGCGGACUGGUUCGAACACCAGCUUUCUCCUGCAGGACCUUCAUCCGAGUCUUCAGGACCGGCUCCAAGCCCCGCUCCAAAGCCUGCCGGCCCCCCGCUGCCUCAGCCCGAGCACAGGUUUCACUCUGGCUUGGGGCUGAACCAGGUGGUGGUGAGGACGCCAUCACUGGAUGGGGCUGAUGGAGCGCCGAGGAGGAACGUGCUCCUGCAGGCCUCCAGCUCUAGUCCCAGUCCCAGUCCUGGUCUUUGUCCCAGUCCAGACCUGCCUCACUGCUCUGCAUCAACGCAGGGAUCCACCUCAAGAGCCUCCACCGGAACUGGAACAUCUGGAGGGUUACCUGAAGAACCCUCCUCGUCCUCAGCUCCCCCCAUCCUUCAGGAUGAGGUGUGUCCUGCCCCCGCCCACAUUGAAGAGGACCAUUCUUCAGCUCCAGAAGUCCCGCCUCCUCGCGACUCUGGCAUCUACGAUUCGUCCGUCCCGUCGUCGGAGCUGUCCAUCCCUCUGAUGGAGGGGCUGCUGCAGGACCAGGUGGACUCGUCCUCCCUGGCAGACAGCGAGUCGUCUUCAUCGGGGCUGGGUGACGAGGAGGCGCCCACGCUCACGUCGCUCCGCUGCGGCACCGUUUGCAAAGCCGAGCACCGUCAGCUGGAGCGCGGCGGCGCGCACGCAGCGUCGCUGUAGGCGGCGCUCCGAGCCAAUCGGGAGACGCCAUCAGACGGCUAGGUGCCGUCGUUGUCAUGGAAACCAAACCAGAAGACUUGAGAAGCAUCGGAGUCCUGGAGCCGUGGUUUGUGGGGGCGGUUCUGGAACCGAGGUUGUAACCACGACACGUGACGCUGCGUUUUAAACCUUAAAGACUAGUUUAAUAAAAUAACCCCUCAG